AUGCCGCCAAGACGUAGAAAAACCAAAUCUAAACGACCAAAUUUGAAAAACUUGACACCAGGGAAUUCCGAGAAUACUACGCAAAAGGUAUCUGCAGACGAAGCGGAAAAGUCGAAAAAUUUGCGAACGUCCCCGAAAAGACUUAAAAGUUCAACUACCGAAGAAGAAGAUACUGAGGCUCCUCAACAGACAACCCAAAUUAAAGCUAUUGAAGCUAGCCCCCCUCCAGCAACUUAUACGACACCUAAAAGUGCACGUUUAAGCGGCUUUUUUAAGGCAUCCAAACCAGGCACUUCAGAAAAGGUUUAUGACAAUGCAAAGUCUUUUUUUCGUUUAUCUGCUACCCCAAAAAAACUUGUGGGUCGCGAAACAGAAAGAGACACGAUCACUGAAUUUUUAGAAAAGCAUAUUAUUGAAAAAAAACCUGGAAAUCUUUUUAUUCACGGAAUACCCGGCACUGGCAAAACGGCUCUUGUAAACGAAAUUUAUAAUGAUAUGAAAGAUUCUAUUGAAAAAAAAGCAAAAUGUUCUGUCAAGUUUGUCAAUAUUAAUUGUAUGAGCCUCAAUGAUCCGAAAAAGAUUUACGUGACAAUUUUAGACAUAUUGGACCAAAAGACCGUCACUAAUGGCGUCAAGAGUGCCGAAGAAGUUCUUAACUAUUUAUUUUUAAAAGCAAAAAAGAAUGCUAUGUAG